AUGUCAAGGCCUGUGUAUACCUUGGCUGAAGGCCAACCACUUCGAGAUCCCUCCGUCAGCACCACUCUACCAAUUUUUGGUGGCGGCGGCAUCACCACUCUGGGAGACACUCUUCUCCUUGAGACGCUGGCGCAUUUCAGCCGGGAGCGCAUUCCGGAGAGAGUCGUGCAUGCCAAGGCGUCAGGCGCCUGGGGUGAAUUUGAAGUCACCAACAAGGACAUUGCUCAGCUGACUUGCGCCAAAUUCCUUGACACCGUCGGCAAGAAGACGCCAGUUCUCUUCCGCCUCAGCACCACUGGUGGUGAGAAGGGCAGUGCGGACACAGUUCGCGAUGUGCGAGGCUUCUCUGUCAAGUUUUACACAGAAGAGGGUAACCAUGACAUUGUUGGAAACCAUGUUCCUGUGUUCUUCAUCCGCGACCCCAUGCGUUUUCCAUCACUCAACCGCAGUCACAAGAAGCACCCCGCUACUAACAGGCCAGAUGCAACUAUGUUCUGGGACUUCCACGUCAACCAACCCGAAAGUGUCCACGCAUUGAUGCACCUCUUUGGCACCCGCGGGCUCCCAGACUCGAUUCGCCGGGUCACUGGGUUUGGAGUCCAUACCUUUAAGCUGGUAGACAGUCAAGGCCGCUUCCGAUACUGCAAGUUUCAUUUCCGUCCUGAAAGCGGCCAAACCCAUUAUGCUUCUGCUGGGGAGGCUGAGAAGGAGGCUGGCGCCAACCCAGACCACCACAAUCAAGAUCUCUGGGAAGCCAUUGCUCGUGGAGAAUACCCCGUCUGGAAACUAUACGUUCAGAUCAUGGAACCCGAGCAAGCCGAAACUUUUGGCCGAGCUUUGUUCGACAUUACCAAGGUCUGGUCACACAAGGACUUUCCCUUGAUCGAAGUUGGCAAAAUGACGCUGAACAAGAACCCCGACAACUACUUCGCCGACAUUGAACAAGCUGCAUUUUCCCCCUCCAACAUGGUUCCAGGCAUCGCCAUGACGCCAGACCCCAUGCUACAAGCUCGCAUGUUUGCCUAUCCCGACGCUCAGAGGUACCGCCUCGGAGUCAACUAUACCCAGCUGCCCUCCAACCGCCCCAUCGCCCCUGUCUACGCACCGUACGAACGUGACGGCAUCACCGUCACCAAGAACUACGGAGGAGAUCCAAACUAUGUUCGAAGCACCCUGAGCCCCGGGAUUUCCUCUACCACCAUGACUCAGAUAUCGCACCACGAGCGGGUGGCAUCCACUGCGGUCCUCGGUUUGAACGAGAUUCCGGUCGAUGAACAAGACUAUGUUCAACCUCGGGAGCUGUGGAGGAGAGUGUUUGACGAAGAAGAGAGGGCCCAGUGGAUUGAAACAGUCACCGGUGCCCUGGAGGGCGUGCCGGCUCCGCUGAGGCAGGCUGUUGUCGAGAUGUUUUCCAAGGUUGAUCCCACGAUUGGACAACGGAUGAUGGCCAAGUUCAAGGAGAACGCCACUCACUUGUAG